AUGGAGAAGGAUACAAAAGAAACGGAACUAUCCCAAACAGUUGAAAUAUCUACGAGUACUGCCAUUCAGAUAGCGUUAUGUGUGGCCCUCAUGUUUGUUAUAAUAACUGGUAAUUCGUUUGUAGUCGCGGCAUAUUUCUCGAACCAUAGAAUUCGUACAGGGACCUACACGUUCCUUGUUAGCUUGGCGAUCUCGGAUCUGCUUGUAGGCUGCGUUUCACUGCCUUUGUGGAUGUACAUCAGUUUACAAAACAUUCAGAAGGGAACACUUUACACAAUUUUCCUGUCUUUCGAUAUCUUCAGCGCGCUGGCUUCAAUUUUUCAUCUGACCACCGUAAGCCUGGAACGCUGGCUCUCAAUUUCGCGGCCGUUUUUCUACGAGACGCUCUCUACGUUGCAUUACUCGCUGAUAAUUUGCGGGGUAUGGAUCUCAGCGUUCGCCAUAGCAGCCGUUAGACCUGCGCUGGAUAACUCAGCAAGUAGCAAUCCUCAUAGGAUUUACACUCCUUUCUUGUUGCUUGUGGGCUACGUUGGGCCUGGGAUAUUAAUCUGCAUAGUGAAUUACUCUAUCUUCAAAGUGGCUCGCAAGCUUAUUGCAAAUCUUCCAAACUGCACUCUUCAAGACUCAGAGGAAAGUACCCAAAUACGUACAAAUAUAAAUAAACAAAGACGAAUUGCGUUCACUCUUGCGUUCGUCACUGCAAUGUUCUUAGUCUCAUGGUUAUCGUUUUUCACAAUCAGCACCAUCGCGGUUUUUUGCACCUAUUGCGUGCCCUUCGAAAAAAUGACUAACUUUCUUAUAUUUGCAAAGUGGUUGCAGUAUUGUAAUAGCGGAAUGAAUCCAAUGGUGUACGCUUUUCGUGAUGCUGAAAUGAGAAAAACGUUUGUCAGGCUUCUUGGGCCGUGCAGACGUGUUCUGGAGUCCCGCGGAAGGCGCAUUGCGCCCGCCAGCAUAGCACCGCUGACUGAAGGUAGUGUUGGAUCGCCCGGAGACCACGAAAAAACACGAAAACAUGAAUCGCAACUAUAAUUGCGGAAUUUCUUUUCUCAUCUUCAGUUCACAUCUUCUUUGCUGCUAGAUCUAAAAUUAUAUGUUUAUAUUUACAAAACAAAUUUCGUACUCUUUCAGAAAGUGUACGUUCGGACGAUUUAACUCCGUUCUUUGAACACGCAAACCGUUAUGAGUCACUACAAUCGGUACGACUUCAUACGGCCCAAUUUAUAUCAAUUAUUUGGGAAAGAGUAGGGUUACAUUCAUUCAAGGAAAAACAACGUAACCUUACACAGGACAGUUUUUCAAAACGUCCAAUACGAGGAAAUAAAACGAAAAAAGCUUGUUUUUAGAUCAAUUGUUAAAACAGCAUUAUUUACGUACUGACACACUAAAUUGCAGCACUUAAAGAUGUUGCAAUAAGCAGUAGGGCAAAACAAUGCACGUAAUUAUAGAUGGCUUGCAGAGUUUAUUUGCCCAGUUUCCAAAAUGGUAUUUUGUUACAGCUUAAUAUUUACCUAAAUCUAAAAUUUAUGCUUUUUUUUCGGAAAUAAUUCUUCAAUUAAUAAUUGUGCCUCGUGCAGUCUAAUUCCGUUAGCUAAAACCUUUCAUACCGGUACUGGGAUACGAAAACACAAACCAAAGCGAAACAAAACAAAACAUACUCAACUGCAAGUUCAGCUCCCUUUUGUGUGUUGCCUUCAGGAGAGAUGUUUGAUUUUUGGCCUUUUGGCUACAAAAUUGGAAGAAGGACUCUUUUACGGUUUUUUCAACUUUUGACAUUUAUUAUUAUUUAUUUUAUUUGACAUGGACUAGUUUGGGAAAAUCCGUUUACACCACUGGAAAUAGGAGCGCCUUAAAAUUAGUAACACUGCCAAAUUUGAAAGUGACGCGUCUUAAAGGUUAUGUUACACGAAACGAUUCGCAAGGACGAUUUUUAGCGCAACACAGCGUUGCAACAUUGUUGCGAUAUUGUUUCGAAUGAUUGCAACGUUGUUCCAACACUGCAACGCUAUGUUGCGCUAAAAAUUGUCGUUGCCUAUAGUCCCGUGUAACAUCACCGUAAGUGAGCGAAGAUUUGACUCCGCAAAGUUGCGAAAAUUUAAAGGCGUUUAUAUGGGGGGAGGGGGGGGAGUCUGUACCCCCACCAUACAAGAGGGUCUAGAUGGGGGGGGGGGGUACAAAUGUCAGUUGUAAGUUAAAAUAUUGGCCAUUUGUCAGUUAAAUUUAGGAUUUUUGUCAGUUGUCAGUUAAAUGAUUAUUAAUAAUUAACUAUUAAACUUAUUUGUUUAUUUUAAAUCCCAAAUUUAGCUAAAAAAGCACAUAUAAUGUGAAUUAAGCAUUAAAUUCGAAAACUGAUGCAAUGGUACCUUAAUUUUUAUCAGUUUUGCUUUGAAAGAAGGCACUUAAGCGUCGUUCUGCUAAGAUUACCGAUAUAAGCGCACAUUUGAUCACAUUGUCUGACGAAAAGAGUGGAACGAUGCUAUUAGAAGGCCUCAAAAACGGGUCUCGUACAAAAUAUAGGACAAUCGGGUCCUUUGUCAGUUGUCAGUAAAACCCAAGGCAAAUGUCACUUGUCAGUUAAAAUUUUGGCCAUUUGUCAGUUGUCAGUUAACCCCAUCCAGCCAGACCCUCAUACAAAUGUCUGUAAAUUUUCGCGAAUAUGGGGAGGUAUAUCUUCGUUAGUUUUUAACAAUUCGCUUCCAAACUUGGCAAUUUCACCGUAAUUUUAAAGCGUUCUUCCUAGUGGUAUCGACGGAUUUUCCCUCACUGGUCCAUGUCAAAAGUGGAAAAAAAACCGUGGAAGGGUCUGCUAUAGUAUAAUAAUUAAGUAAAAUCCAACUAGUGGUCUAUUAUCAAUGCUGCGCUCUGAUUGGUUGAGCUACUACUAGACUAUAUGUUAUAGCCCACUAGCAGCGAAAAGUGUGGGCUUUUUGGCGGCAAAAAAGGAUUAAAGUGUAGCUUAAACUAGCUAAAUUUUUUUUAUCCUCGAUAUUUUUGACCAACUAGUUGGAUUUUACUAAAACAACGAUUCCUCUCGCCCUCAUGGCCUCUGAGUCAAUAGCCCAUGCGGCCUUCGGCCUCAUAGGCUAUUGACUCAGAGCCCAUUCGGGCCAAAACAACAUUGGUCAAGGGGUGGGAAGGGGGGCGACUUUGUUCCGCUUCGACUAUAAAGUUGCAUGGCGAGAAAUUGAAAAACACAUGGAAAGUAAUGUCUCAACAGUUUUGUGCGGAGUUGUAGUUUUUGUAAAUUAUGCUCAUUUUAACAAUAAAUGCAGCACUUAUGCUUCUACAUUUUACUUUAAUUUUGGUAAAAACACCUCAAUAACUAGUAUAUGGCAAACGCAUUUACCCUGUUUACUUCUAGAACUUUAAGAAUGCAUAAUUCAUUGUCUGACGACUAUAAAAAAGCAAACAAUUGACUCAGAGCCCAUUCGGGCUCGAGGAAUAAUUGUUAAAUAUAUCUAUAUCUAAAACAGAAAAAAACGAAAACAAAAACAAAAAACAAAACAAAAGCUUAUAAAUGACAAAUGAGUUUUUUUCUUGGUAACGCCUGUUGAAGGCCUAAAUGUAAUAAACGGUCCUAAAUGUAAUAAAGUCCUAAAUGUAACAACAUUUUCCUAAAUGUAAUAAAUUAAAGUCCUAAAUGUAAUAACAAUUUGCCCUAAAUGUAAUGAACUCUUAAGCUGCCAAUUACAGUAAUUACUCGAAUAAGCCCCGCCCUCAAAUAAGCGCCGCAUUUGGGGCGUGGGGAGUUAAUUAACGCCGCGGCGCUUAUUCGAGUAAAUACGGAACUAAGCGGUAUUGCUAUGGUAUUAAGCUCCACUCUCAAAUAAGCGCCGCAUUUGGGGCGUUGGGGAGUUAAUUAGCGUCGCGGCGCUUAUUUGAGUAAAUACGUACUAAGCGGUAUUGUUAUGGUAUUAAGCUCCGCUCUCAAAUAAGCGCCGCAUUUUUGGAGAAAAAGUUAAUAAGCGCCGCGGCGCUAAUUCGCGCAAAUUCUGUACAUUUUCUUAUGAACUUUAAAACUAUUAAGUCAGGAGCCUGUUGCGAAUAAGCAUUCCAACAUCAAAAACAAUUCCGUUGAUUCCUUUAUAGCAAGGCUUCUUAUUUCAGAAGUUCUCUUCAAUUCUUCUUCUAUUUCCUCUUCUGCCUUGUCACUGUUGUCAUCUUUUUUCAACAGCAACAAACGCAACCGAAGGUAGGGCUUCCUUAAAAACUUAUGUAACGACACAUGGUCAACAUCAUAUCUGUAUAAAAGCAUUAACAGCUCUUUUGAUUCUCUUACAGUUAGACUUACAGUGGAGCUCGUUAAUGUUGCUAUUCCUUUCAUUUCCUUUUUUCCUACUUUUCCUAUUUUUCCUAUUUUUCCCCUACUUUCCCCUACUUUCCCCGCGGCCACUUUCUUCCUGUCCCCAAGGUGGCCGUUGUGGAAAGGUACAAUAGUUCAUUUUUGUUACUUGUUAUGUUUUACAUAAUUGUAAACAAUAUGAAUUAACUAAUAAAAUGAAUGAAUGAAUGUAUAUGUAUACUUAAUUGACAAGAAACUGUUAUGUGUCGCUUUGAAGAAAUUUAUUCAUAAACGAGAAGUUCAGCGUUGCAUAUUAAGAAAAUAUAUCAGUACUGUUUUCCUCGAAUAAGGGCCGCGACGCUCAUUUACUUGUUUCUCUCAAUGGUGGUGCUUAUUUGAGGGCGGCCCUUAUGCGUGUAAAUAUGGUAAUUGGGCCGUCUUUACCAAUUGUUGCGCUUGUUUUAGAGCGAUGCUUAUUCGCAUAAAUACGGUAAUUGGUAUCUUAAGAGUUUAUUACAUUUAGGGCCAAAUGUUAUUACAUUUAGGACUUUAUUCUUUAUUCGAUCUUGACAGUUAUGCAAACCUGAGACGACGUCGAGGGUUUGCAUAACUGUCUCGAAUUCUCCCAACCCCUCUAGUGUUCUAGUGUUUACAUCAGGCUAUGCAAACACAGGAAAAAAAGUUUUCUAUUGCUUAAAUAUUGCUUUUUUACAAAAAUACUGUUACUUUGCCGUUUACAAGCAAUUUAUUUGUAAACGUUAAUAUUCACAGUGCAUAAGGAAAUGUACAGAAUUUACGCGGAUUAGCGCCGCGGCGCUUAUUAACUUUUUUCUCCAAAAAUGCGGCGCUUAUUUGAGAGCGGAGCUUAAUACCAUAGCAAUACCGCUUAGUACCGUAUUUACUCGAAUAAGCGCCGCGGCGUUAAUUAACUCCCCAACGCCCCAAAUGCGGCGCUUAUUUGAGAGUGGAGCUUAAUACCAUAGCAAUACCGCUUAGUACCGUAUUUAUUAUAUACAAAUAAGUCGCAUCGCGGCUUUUUAUUUUAAAUUCAAAAACUAAAAUUCCCCACGCCCGCAAAAUGCGGCGUAAAAACUUAUUUGAGGAUAUGAGGCAAGGGGCUUAUUGAAAAUGAGUGAAUUUAGUAAAAUGGCCGGUUUAAUUGGCAAAGUAGCUCCGACAAAAAAAAGCUUAAGAGUUCAUUACAUUUUUUUCGACAGGGCAAAUUUUUAUUACAUUUUGGACUUUAAUUUAUUACAUUUUUUAGGACGAUUCUGAUUGGACGUAUCGUUUUUUCACGUGUGAAAACCAUCGUUCGCUCCUCUGAUUGGCUAUAAAAUGUUAUUAUGUAUAUAAAUUUAGGACUUUAUUACAUUUAGGACCGUUUAUUACAUUUAGGCCUUCAACGCCUAAUUAAAAAUGGGUUAUUUCUGGGCGCACCUAUUUCGAAAUUUUUCAAAGGGAAAGGACAUAGCCGAAUACGACAAAUUUGACUGACAACUAAUAUCACUGCAACGAAUCUUAGCUAUGAAUUUAAAAUAUCUUGCAAUGACAAUAUUGCAAUGACAAAAAAAACAAACAAAACAAAACAAAUAACAUGGAAGAUCAUAUAAAUGCUAACGAAGGAAUGCACACUGGCUAGGGCGCAAUGGUUUGGAAUUAUUUUCAACUUUAAUUGUUCUGGCUAUAUGCCGUUACUUAAAGAAAAUUUGUGUGAAUUUUUGGCUGAAAUUCAGUUGUAACUCUAGUAGGUAUAAUGAAAGUUUUUGUUAGCAACCUCUAUUUUAAACGACUAAGCUAUUGUAUAUGCAUUAAGUCACUCAGUGUCACGAGGUCUUUGAGUAUGCACAUCAAACUUCAAACAGUAAUGUAGAAUUCUCGGACUCGACUCUAGUACUAACAAAGGCAGCUUUCAUUGACUAACCUAGCCACACACUUAACCUUUACAAUGCAUUCCUUUUUUCCUGCUUGUUUUCUUAGAGGUUCAUUUUGUUCGUUGUCCUCUUUCUCUGUGGCUCAAAACGUGAAAUGGGAGCCGCAAAACAACGACUUCAGCGUCUUGUACACUUGGAAAUCGGUUAUCCGAAUACAACAACGUCUCACAGUCCAUUUUAGUCGUCUAACUAAAUAUUUAAUUAAGCUAAUUAACACCGCUCUGCAAAACGGUCUAGAAUGGUUUUGUUGAUAUGCUCAGAAAUUUUUAAAAACCUAGACCCAAUAACUUUGCAUGGCGAUGACGCCAUCGUAGAGACUGUUUCGAGAAAUUAGAACCGACGAUGCAUAUCUGUCCGCCACGCCGACUAAUUAAAACUAUUCCAGCCAACAGGCGGAAGUACGCUACAGAAGCGAAUCAUCCUCGGCGUAAUUUUCAUCGUCAUCAAAACACUGGCCGCGCUUUGGCCUCGGCUGGGUGUUGACAACUCGGCCCAACGAAGUAGUAGAGGAAGUCUCGAAUUGUUUCUCUUUCCUAGAACAAGGGCACUUUUCGCUUUUACAAGCGCAUAAUACCGUUGCACAAAGACAACCGAGCACUGAAACAGGUAUGCCUAUUUUGAGACCGAGACAACUGGAACUAAAGGGUGGAAAAACACCAGACGAAAGGAGAGUGGUUAUUCCCCCGUAAAGCAAACAAGUCAAUGAAGAGGCACAAAAGCGCCUUUUCCAUUUAUCACCUUUAUCCUUGAAGCAUAAGUUGGCACAGGGGCAACAGCACAUCCAUCGUAAAAUCAUCUCCAAACGCCGAUAAGCGUCAAUUUUCUUUUCGCGUGCUAGGUCUUCUAUAUAUUGUCGUCUUCGUUCAUCGUACCCUUUUUUGUCAAUGGCACCCUUACUUAACAUUCGAAUCAAUUCUCUUUCGCGCUCGCUCUCCUCCAUACUUAGCGACACUUACAAAUAAAAAUUUCCAGGUUAUUACUCACCGCGAAGUUCACGGCUGUAAGAUUCACUAAUGAACAGCAAUUCCACAAAAGGGCUCAAAGAUGUUCAGUUUCUAGGCUUGUGAUUGGCAGCAACUGAAGACGUUUUUAUUAAAAUCAAAGCAAAGUUAAAGGUCAUUCAAACAACUGGACAUUGUCGCUUACAAAAUCUAUCAUGAUAUAGCUAAAUUUAGCUGCAUUUUCUGAGAAAAUACAGUCACUUUCCGGGGGAGGUACUCCCUAUAAGGGUGUAUACGAGGAGGCUCCAAGCUUCAGGCAUAUGAAGGGGCAGUGAUUUCACUAGUUGAAGUAUAUAGGAAAAGGUACAGAAGGGACUGAUCAUAUCUGUCAUUUCGUUCAGUGAAAAGGCCCAAAAUGGCUAACAGAUGCAUUUUAUGGCUGUGAAAAAGUAGAGAAAAUGUUCCGGUUUUUUAAUUUAUUCAUAUUUUGAAGACAGUGCAUUUACAACAAUAUUAUGUGAGAUACAAAGUUCUAAACUAGUUAUAUGUUUUCUGUAAAAGACGGCAUGUAAAUGGGUAAGGGUUGGACCCUCGAGCGGAACCUCCCCGUAUUAAACUUUAUCGAGUAGUCCUCCAGGGGCAGCGACUGGCCCCCUAAGAAAGUUCCUGAAUCUAUGUCUCAUGACGUCACAUACGAGCCUGUCAAUUUCGUGAUAUCAGCGGAACGGGAAUGCCAAAGAAAUUGAAAAUCACGUUGUGUUCAAAAUAAAAAAAUCUUCUCAGAGGUUCUCUUAUUAAUCGAAAUCUUCAGUUAAAAAGUUAAAAUUUUUAGGUUAUGAGCACUUUGAGAAAAGGGUGGAAAUAAACGAAAGUUGACAAGGCAUUUUACCAGACUGCUCCCUUAAGGAGACCUGCGGAAUGAUGAAGCUAAAGUGACAAUUAGAUCGAAAAGCUCGACAGCUUAUUCUGCAGCUGCGUAGGACACUACAUAACUUUCACACCGAAGUUCGGAUCUGCCUCGUAGAACACUUACAACUAUAGAACCUCCCAAACGGAUGGAAGACAAGCCUCCAUGCCAUUCUCUUUUAUUUAAUAAUAAUAAUAAUAAUAAUAAUAAUAAUAAUAUUGUUAUUAUUGUUAUUAUUAUUGUCAUUAUCAUCAUCAUCAUUAUUAUUAUUGUUAUUGUUAUUAUUAUUUUAAAAAACUACACAUGGAAAAUUUGUAAAAUUGUAAAACUUUCUUAGGGGAUGCUAACAUGGCUAAAGGAAGGGUCUGGCACUCGGAAGUUGCUAGAGGACGGAGCUUCCUAGCGGCAUUCUGUUUUGUGUGCUUAGUACAACCUUUCCAACACUUGGAUCAGUUUCUAGGUGAAAGACGAGUCCCAGCACCAUGUAAGAUUUCUUCCCUGGGAAGAUCUUAGAGCAAGGGCUGAAGAAAAACAGUGGGGAGAGACGCUAAAAAUACGGACUGUCCGUUUUGCAUACGUUAUAUUCGUUCGAAUUACCCGCUUCUCUCCCCAGUCUCGCUCUCUGUUUUCAGCCUCAUUCCAGACCUUUUGUUUGACUGCUCGCGCGUACUUGAAUACGCAAAAAUGCGGACUGUUUUGCAGUCUACAUACAUGCGCCGAAGCUGUUUACUGUUUCGGUCACGGAUGAAAUCAUUGGAAAUCUAAUUCCUCCCGUUGACGUGGGAGUCGUUUGCACCAAUAGAAAGGCAAUCGUUCAGAACAAAAUCAUCACGACAUAGGCAUGGAACCAGGAACUUCAGCAAACAAAUAAGUCAAUCUAGAUAAUACGAUAUUUUAGAGCUUUAAAAGAUAUUUGACUCUCCAACCUAAGAUUAAAACACGCAAUAUUGCCCCUUAAACUUUUAUCAAAGAAGGAAAAAUGCCCAGGGAAAAAUGUUAGUGGGCUGAAGGUCACGCGAUAUAGCGCGACGACGUUCCAGUUGGCACGCACUCCAUCUCGCACAUGCACAUGAGUGAUGGACUUUUGUUAAGGAAAACGAGGCUGAAUGAAUUAGCUACCUUUCUAAACUUGGUUGUCUUAACAUCUUUAACUGAUAAAUGUUCCAUUCACAAUUUUCUCAUUGAAUUUUGACUUAGUUGUUGACAUUAUAAAAUGUAUCGCAAUUAAAUUUUUUGGUCACUGUAACAUGCUUAUCUUAUCUAGACAUGGCCUGGAGCUGGCUUUUAAGUCAAGAGACCGUAAAGUGGUAUGUUUUCAAGUGCCAUUGUCUAAAUUCUUUUUAGUUUAUGGAAGCAUGCAGUGAUUUAUUGUUGAGGUAGUUAGGGAGCGACAAAAGCUUGUGAAGCGGUUUGACUAUUGGCUAAAUGCAUUAAAUUUCUGUCCAGACUUACAAUGGGAAGUGGCGUAAACAAUGCAAUGCGGCUUUCAAAUAGCGUGGCUUUUGCCGACCUCGCUGAAACUUUAAUCAUUCCGCGCGACUACGAUGAUUUCUGCGGGAAGAGCUAUGCCGCUUCAGUUUAUAUGAACCAGUACGCGGAGAUGUUGAGCUUCAAGUUAAGCUAUCAGUAAGGGGAACUUACAGAUUCAGGAAGUAAUUAACAGAACUAUAACUGUGAGAGAUCAGUGAAAACGUUAAUGGAUUUUUUUUAACCGCUCCGCUGCAUUCGUGUACGUCGUUUGAAUUUUGGGACACGAAUGUUUUUCAAACUUUUUCACUAUGCCUACAACGCUGAGAAGUGAUCUUGUGGCAAACAUUUCUUCGACUCCGACAACUUUACACGAGAAUUUCUUGAAACAUGUUACAACUGUUGAAAUCGUGAUAAGUUUAGUUUACUUCACCAUCAUAUCUAUCGCAAUUGUCACUGGAAACACUUUGGUUAUUGCAGCCUUCGUGAAAAACUUUCGCCUUCAAACCAAGACGAACACUUUCAUCCUUGGUUUAGCUGUGGCCGACUUCCUAGUUGGGGUAAUCUCCAUUCCAGGCUGGCUAUACGUCUACAGCUGUCAUUACUUCGACAUUAUACUUCAUCCAGUUGUAUAUGAUCUAUACAUAACUUAUGAUGAGUUCAUAGGCUGCGCAUCGAUCUUUCAGCUCACUUCCAUCAGCAUAGAAAGAUGCAUCGCCAUAGUCUGGCCGAUACGACAUCGUGGAAUUCGCGUGGGAGUUUUCCAUAAGAUGAUAAUAGUCGCGUGGAUCGCCUCUGCUUUCGUGGCUGGACUAUAUCCUGUUCAACUAAAGCACUGGGAAGAAGGCUACACGGCCAUCAUCUUUUCAAUCUGCUUUGCUGGGCCUUUCAUUGUUCUGUUUGGAGUCUACGUCCUCAUUUACGAUAGAGCCAGGAAUUCAAGAACGCGCGUCUGCUCUGAAAUCGCGAGCGCAAAUUUUCGCCGCGAGAUUCGUGUCACCGGAACCGUCGCGCUGGUAACAGGUGUCUUUCUAAUUGCAUGGUUUCCGUUUUUCGUUGUCACUGCUUUAGCAACGUACGAAAUGGAACGUCUACCCGAACCAGCCGGAUUACUAAGACUGAUUGCUUUUGUAAAAGCCUUGCACUACAGUAAUUCAGGCUUGAAUCCAAUCAUUUAUGGAUAUCGGAACCCAGAAAUGGGCAGAACCAUGAAAACUAUUGCUGCA